GACAAUAAACAGUUGACAUUGACUGGUUCAAACAACGAUCGAGUGGCCAUUUAUAAAGCAAGGAUUUUGAAAGUUUGUGGUGAGUACAAAUUGCGAUAUUCGUUACGUGAUCAAAGUCUUAUCAAAUUAAGCUCACGUAACGCUCGGCGCAACUGAAACUCGAAUAAUUCUGAGAAUCGAAUUGGUCACUUGCUGCAGUUUCCUACGCUUACACUUUACAAUGAAAUAAGUCUAUGAGUAAGGUUUCAAGAUUACUUUAGUCACGUCUGGGAACAUUCUGAUCUUGCUUUGCUUUCAAAAAUUCGACUAAAGAGAGAGCAGAAUUUAAAUCACUAUCUUCUUUGUCAAAUUUUUGAUAACAUGAAUUAUUGAGGUUUUGCCUUCUAUUCUUUGAUAUACAACAGCCAAUUUUUUUAAACUUUGAGCCAUAUUACACUGUAAAUGGUCUGCAUAAAUAAUGAAGAAAAAGUAAUAUGCUGAGUUGUGCUGUUAUUCUUUAAAAGUGUUCGGUUAAGAAAUUUGUCGAUGAAACAACGUCGAACACAUGCUGGUUCUUUGCAAAUAAAUUGUGAGAUCUUGAUCACAUAUAGUCUGUGUAUUCAUGUACUGUUUGAUGUUACAAUUGGAGGUGUCAGUAUGUUCUAUAGCUAGUUGGAAAGUUUUGGACCCUCAGUGGAUUGAUGGGGGUCUAUAGCUCACCUAGAAAAUUUUAUCUUCUUAAUUUGAAGGAUUAGGUUACAAAAGGAAUUGAUAAGAUAUCCCAUCUGGUACAUUUCAUAAAUCUGUGGUCUCCAGUGUUAAACAGGAUCCCAUUAAGGAAUUUUCUGAAAGUGGGAAGCCAUCUGAAAUUUUAUGCAGGGUCUAAACUGGGAUUGGCAGGAUCCCACGUGCAAUCCUGCCUGGGAUAUGAUUUCCCCGGUUGGGAAACUAACUGAAAUUUGAGGCAGGAUCCCAAGAGGGAUUGGUAGGAUUCUAGGUUUAAUCCUGCCUGGGAUGUGCUUUCCCAGGUGGGAUGCUAUUGGGAAUUUAAGGUGGGAUCCCAACUUCAAUUGGCAGGAUCCCAUGUUUGAUCCCAUGCGGGAUGUUCCAUAAUCCCAGGUGGGAUCCCACCUGGGACACACCUGGGAUCCCAGGUGGGAUUGGUGGGAUGCUAUUAGGAAUUUAAGGCAGGAUCCCAUGCGGGAUCUCAUGCGGGAUGUUCCAUAAUCCCAAGUGGGAUCCCACCUGGGACACACCUGGGAUCCCAGGUGGGAUUGGCGGGAUCCCACCUUAUAUUUUCACCUGGGAGCUAUGAUGCUUAUCGAUCGAUACUGAACUCUCCAUCACUUAGGUAAUUGUUAUUAGAAUAAUUUGAAAGGUUACUACUUGAUAGAUGUAUUAAACUUCUCGAUCUUUAAAAUGAUUACAGAUCGAACUUGUCUUUCCACAAGAUCACUAGUUACUACCUACACUGACACGUUCAAGUUGUCAAAUCACAACACUUGCAUGUGCUGACAUUCGAUGUGAAUCACUCUCUAAAUAUCGAGUUAUUAACGUCGAACUGUUUUUGCUGUACGUAUUACCAGUAUGCCUAAUUUUCAUUAUAUAACGAAGAUAUAAGAAGCAAGUUUUCAAUAGCUUUAUUUGAAACACUUACAGAUGGAUAAAAUAUGCUAUUUGAAGGCGAUCAAACAAGGAGGCUUGACUUUCGAAAUCAGCAUGGUGUCCUUACCAUGGGUCGUCAUGUUUGCAUGUUCGUAGUGGGUGAUACUGUCAAAACUAAAAGGUUUUUUGUUCAACAAAGGAAAAGUUAUAGAAGUAGUCGUUGGAAUUGGGAGUUCUUUACAUAUUCAUAGAGAGAGAGAUUUGUAUCUUUCCUUUCUUCAAGUAAGAAUAGUGAUCAUGUUCACGAGCAUUUCGAUCUAGUUGAAGUUAUUACGUAAAUAAAUGUCUACGUUCUCGCCGUUGGAUCUUGUGAAGGUGAAAUGUCUUAUCAGUAUCAAUCAGUUUACCUUUUACAUUGAUGUUUCUCACUCAUAAUUAUUGUGCGAAAUGACCACUAAGAAUUGUGCGAAUGGUCCAAAACUUGUGCUAAAAGACUUGUGCGAAAUGUCCGGUUACCUAAUGAAAAGUUUAGAGAGUAAAAUACAUAUAAAGUUGAUUCCAAUCAAGAUGAGAACAGAGCAGUCUAGAAAAAGUUUUUUCCAAGCGCCUGACAGAGGACAUCUUGGAAAUAAUACGAUUCAGAUUAAUUUUGCAAAUAUUUAGAACAUCUUUGAAAAUGUACUCUUUUCUUGUCCUUUGAAUGUAAUGGGGUUUUCUUCCAGAAUAGAAAUCUUAUACCUUUGACUCCAAAACAGUUGGCUGGUAGAAUCUUGUCAUAUUUGAUAACUUGAACUACAUGAUUUGUCACAGAAGUAUGAUUGGUAUUCACAAGGUUCACAUUGUAAAAUUUAAGAUGCUAAUCUAGAGAAUUGAAUUGAAAUUAUUUUCUCUGUUUCCAGCCAGCAAUUCAAAAGGCAAGUAAAAGUGUCAAGUUGGCUGUGAAUAUAUGUUAAAGGUACUAACAAUGAUCUGUUUAUGGACAUGUUGACAGUGGCUAUUUAUUCAUAAAGGAAUACACCAAUAAAAUACAUGAGGCAUUACGAUUAUUGAUUGAAACAGAAUUGUUUUGAUUAUUUUAUCUUCAGACAAAGAAAAAAGCCAACAUGGUCAGAAACAUUUUCAAGCUGGAUAUGGAGUUCUGCAUAGAAUGAGUUUUGUAUUG